AUGUGUAUGAUCGGCUUAGAUAGAGAGAAAGCCUCCGUUUUCUUCAAAGAACAAACAGGUUCAGCUGCCGAGAUGACCAUCAACUCUGGCAUUAGGAAAAUUCUUCCAAAUUCUGAAAUUUGUGACUUUGAUUUUGAACCUUGUGGUUAUUCAAUGAAUUCUGUUGAGGGGCCUGCUGUAUCUACAAUUCAUAUUACCCCAGAAGAUGGUUUCAGUUAUGCAAGCUUUGAGACUGCAGGAUACGAUUUAAAGGCAAUAAAUCUGAAUGGAAUGGUGAUGAGUGUGCUAGCUUGUUUCAAACCAACUAAGUUUUCUGUAGCUGUUCAUGUGGACAAUGCAAGCAAGUCAUUUGAGCAGGGGUGUUUGUUGGAUGUUAAGGGAUACUGUUGUGGAGAGAAGAGCCACCAAGCGCUUGGAAUGGGUGGAUCUGUUGUCUACCAAAAAUUUCUCAAGACUUCGGACUGUGGCUCGCCUAGAUCAACACUCAAGUGUUGGAAAGAUGAAGAUGAAAAAGAGUAG